GGUGGAACCCAAAAGCCUACAAUGCCUUUUGUGGGGAGCCCCGAAUUAUUGAAAAGCUCAAAGCCUUUAGUGAAAAGUACGGGGCCAGUACAAAGAACCUUGAAGGUAAAAUGAUUCAAAGAGUGGGAAUAGAGGGUGUCAUUGCCGUGAAUUCAAGCAGCUUGGGAGCAAUGGGAACCCCAUUUGAGCGAGCAAGGGAAUUAAAGAGAAAGAGAGAGGAAGAACUGGAUGGAGCCCAGCAACAAUUCAGCGAGGACAAUUUUCUGGAGUCCGCUACAAGGUGAACUGUAAUACAGUUUUUGCUAUUUC